AUGAGAUUCGUUGGAUUUGGAUUUUGUACUGGGUUAUAUGUGAUGUACAGCUUAAUGGUGGGUACUGGUACUGGGUUAUAUGUGAUGUACAUCUUUGCUUUAGCUGUACCUGAUGAUAAACAAAAAAUGGGAAACGAAAAAGAACAGCCCAGUACGCAAACAUUAUCUAGCUCAAAUCCCCCAUUCGAGGCCAUACCAUCAACUAGUCCAAAUAUCCCAAAUUACAUGCCGGGUUACUUUGGACCAGUGCCUACGUGGUCACCGACUUUUUUACCAUAUCCGGUUGGCAACCAAUAUCCAAUCAAUAUACAGAAUGCUGGUUAUCCAUUUCAACAUAUCAUGGAACCGCCGGCUCCUAUCAGCAAUACAAGCUCUGCCACAAGCAGAAUAGUUGAUUCAGAGGAUAAUAGACCUGAUGGUGGGGAAACUGAAGCGCCAUGUGGAUCCCCUAGAGCUGAAGAAUGUACUGAGGAUAGACCAAGUCCUAUGGAACCUGGAGAUGGCAGUGCUGAGAAAUCUCAGAAUGUCCAAGUGGAUGAUGAUGAUACAAUUGAAGAGCCAAAAUCGGGAAUGGAGUUUAAUUCAUUUGAAGAUUUAUUAAGUUAUUAUAAGGAAUAUGGUAAGAAAUGCGGGUUUGGGGUGAUGACGAAACGGACUGAGAGGGGAGAAGAUGAGUCUGUUAGAUAUGUCACCCUUGCUUGUGCCCGCGGUGGGAAGGCCCGGAAUAGGACGUUGAAUGUUGCCAACCCACGUCCGACAGGGAAAACUGAAUGUGCAAAGAUUAAUGCCUUAAGGCAAGAUGGUGUGCUUCGGUUGACGACAGUACAUAAUAUCCAUAACCACGGUCUCAGUCCAAAGAAAUCCCGUUUCUUUCGAUGUAAUAGAGAAGUUAGUGAUGCCGUAAAAAGGGUCCUUGAUACAAAUGAUUUGGCUGGCAUCCGAACUAAUAAGAGUUACGGAUCUCUUGUUGUUGGCGCAUGUGGAUUUGAAAACCUACCAUUUUUGGAAAAGGAUUGUCGUAAUUAUAUUGACAAGGCCAGACAUUUACGACUUGGAGCAGGUGGUGUUGGAGCGCUCCGGGAUUACUUUUUACGGAUGCAGUACAAAAAUCCUGGGUUCUUUUAUAUGAUGGAUAUAGAUGAUGAGGGGAGGUUAAAAAACGUCUUCUGGGCAGACCCUCGUAGUAGAGCAGCGUACCAAGAUUUUGGUGACGUGGUCACAUUCGACACCACGUACCUAACAAAUCGAUAUGGGAUGCCCUUUGCACCAUUUGUUGGUGUAAACCACCAUGGACAGUCAAUUUUGUUGGGGGCAGGCCUGAUUUCCAGUGAGGAUACCGAGACCUUUGUGUGGUUAUUCGAGACAUGGUUGCAAUGCAUGGAUGAACAAAACCACAAUUCCUACCCUUCUAGCUAUCAAAUCCUAUCACUCUCCUUUGAUAACUUUUGGCCGGGGAGGGGUCGAGAGAGAGAGAGAACUAAAGGGGAGAGCAUGGAAACGUCUGGAGUGGGUGAAGAGACCAUGGUUGAUUGGAGAGGGAGACUCUCCAGCCCUGGCAAACAUGGUGGAAGAAGAGCUGCUGCUUUUGUCCUUGGGCUGCAAGCUUUUGAGAUAAUGGCCAUAGCUGCCGUUGGGAACAACCUAAUAACAUACUUGAUUAACGAGAUGCACUUCUCUUUAUCCAAGUCUGCAAACAUAGUGACAAACUUUGUUGGAACUGUCUUUCUCCUGGCGCUCCUUGGCGGCUAUCUUUCAGAUUCUUAUCUUGGGAGUUUCUGGACAAUGCUCAUCUUUGGUUUUAUUGAACUUUCUGGUUUCAUAUUACUCUCAGUUCAGGCUCAUCUUCCCCAGUUAAAGCCAUCCCCGUGUAACAUGCUAUCUGAUGGAGAAAACUGUUUGGAAGCAAAGGGCUUGAAAGCUUUGAUAUUCUUUGUAGCGCUUUACUUGGUGGCAUUAGGGAGUGGAUGUGUUAAACCCAACAUGAUUGCUCAUGGGGCUGACCAGUUCAACCAAGAUAAUCCCAAGCAAUCCAAGAAGCUCUCCGCCUACUUCAAUGCUGCCUAUUUUGCAUUCUCAGUGGGUGAACUAAUUGCCCUAACAGUUCUUGUCUGGGUCCAAACUCAUUCCGGGAUGGAUGUCGGCUUUGGAGUCUCGGCUGCGGUGAUGGCCAUGGGACUAAUCAGCUUGGUUUCUGGUACUUUAUAUUACCGGAACAAGCCGCCUCAAGGAAGCCUUUUCACACCCUUUGCCCAAGUUUUUGUGGCUGCAAUUUCGAAGAGAAAGCUGCAGGUUUGUCCAUCUAACAGACAAAUGCUUCACGGAAGCCAAAACAAUGUUCCAAAUAACGUUAGCUUGUCUAAUUCUGACGCUGGCAGUAGUAGUAGUGUCCAAUUAAUUCACUCCGAAAAGUUCAGGUUCUUGGACAAGGCUUGCAUCAAAAUCCAGCACGAUGGGGCUCAUACAAAGGAAAGCCCAUGGAGAUUGUGCUCCGUUACGCAAGUGCAGCAAGUGAAAAUUCUGAUCUCAGUGGUUCCCAUCUUUGCAUGCACCAUCGUUUUCAACACCAUUUUAGCCCAACUCCAAACAUUCUCAGUCCAACAAGGAAGUGCAAUGGACACGCGUCUCGGAACAUCCAGCUUCCAUAUCCCACCGGCUUCGCUUCAAUCCAUCCCAUACAUAAUGCUCAUCUUUGUAGUCCCUCUCUAUGACACUUUCUUUGUCCCUUUUGCCAGAAAAUUCACCGGCCACGACUCUGGAAUCGCCCCCUUAAACCGAAUAGGCGUUGGCCUGUUUUCUGUUACGUUUUCUAUGAUUUCGGCUGCCAUAAUGGAGAAAAAGAGAAGAGAUGCUGCAUUAAAUUUUGACAAAACCUUAUCCAUUUUCUGGAUAACUCCUCAGUUCUUAAUCUUUGGACUAUCGGAAAUGUUUACGGCGGUCGGUCUCAUUGAGUUCUUUUACAAACAACCCUUGAAAGGGAUGCAAGCAUUUUUAACAGCCAUGACCUAUUGCUCAUACUCAUUUGGGUUCUAUCUGAGCUCCUUACUGGUUUCCAUGGUGAAUAAGAUCACCUCAAGUACUUCUUCCUCAAAUGGUGGUUGGCUCCAUGAAAAUGAUUUAAACAAGGACAGGCUAGACCUUUUCUACUGGCUGUUGGCAGCCCUUAGCUUCCUCAACUUCCUCAACUAUCUCUUUUGGUCUCGGUGGUUUUCUAAGAAUUCAUCCUCGCCAAUUACAAUACAUGAACAUGCGGCUGGUACUGCAGAUCAUGAUCAUGAUCAUCAUCGUCAGGCCGACUAUAGCCGCUAUAGUUUCGACUCUGAAAAAAACGUUGGAGCGCAAGCUAGCUGUUGAUAAUAUAUUUAUAUGCAUGGCUUUAAUGAUCAUUAUAUAUAAUCAGGGAUACGUAUGAUCUAGAGGCUAGCUAGCUAGCUAUAUGUAUGGUUUUUGUAAAUAAAUUAUAGAAAAUGCAUGCUUGCGCAUUUAUAAUAUUCUGAGUACUGAUCGAUCAAGAAGCUUGG